CAGGGGUUUUCAACCGGUGGUCCGCGGACCCCUGGUGGUCCGCGGCGGCAUUGCAUGUGGUCCGUGACAAGAGCCUAUGUUGAUCAGUUCACCAUUGUUUUUUUUUAAUAUAAAUUCGCUUUGAUAUUUCAACACAUUUCCAGAAUACCGUUACAUAUCGUGAAAAAUAUGUUUAAAAUAAUAUAAAGGAAAUUCAAGCUGACAGAAUGUAGCCUUGCGCCUAUCCAGUCUAUGGUAGCCUGUGAUUCGCUAAUGGUAAUGAGUUGCGUCGCUAACCUCACUUAUUAUUCAUUACGUACAGUCUUGCGAGCAAAGUUGACACACAUUUAUAAGCAUAGCCGACGAGAGUAUUUUAAGAUAGGUUGUAGUACAGCAAACAUUUGUUACAUAUGUACUAGUCUAGCUAUAUAUCUAGCACCAAUGGAUCGUUUUGUAGUGAGGAAAGUGCCAGAGGGACAGGCUGCCAUGACAGAGGGUCAGGCUGCCACGACAGAGGGACAGGCCGCCACGACAGGGCAAGGACAGGCUUCCGAAGCGUCAACUUCGCAAAAAAGACGAAAAAGAAAAUACAAUGAGGAAUAUGUUAAAUAUGGAUUCACAGUGACGACAGACAGAGCAGGAGAGGAGGUACCACUGUGUUUCGUAUGUUCAACAAUUCUCUGUAAUGAAGCUAUGAAGCCGUCGAAACUUACGCGGCAUAUGGAGACGCAUCACGUCCACUUGAAGGCCAAACCCGUUGAGUACAUGCAACAGAUGUUGCGUGAUUUCAAAGGACAGCAGGCUACCAUGAGGAAGAGUGCAAAAAUAAAUGAAAACGCACUGAAAGCAUCGUAUCUGGUCGCUCUCAGGGUUGCAAAAAGUAAGAAGCCCCAUACCAUUGCAGAGCAGCUUAUAUUGCCAGCAGCCAUAGAUAUGUGCAGAGCUAUGGUAAGCGAAGAAUGUGCCAACAAAUUAAAAACUAUUCCGUUGUCAGACAACACAAUCGGAAGACGAAUUGGGGAAAUGGCAAAUGAUGUCAAAGACCAGCUGAUGGAAAAACUUCAGACAGUUCUGUUUUCCCUUCAAAUCGACGAGACGACAGAUGUUACUAAUGAUGCGCAACUGUUAACAUUUGUGCGAUACGAGGACAGUGGCACUAUGUGCGAGGAAUUUCUUUUUUGCAAACCACUGCCCGGGCGAACUACCGGUGUAGAAAUAUUUAAAGCACUGGACGAUUUUUUCACGGAGCACAAUAUCUCGUGGCAGAGGUGCGUUGCAUUAUGCAGCGAUGGGGCCCGAGCCAUGAGUGGCAGCAAGACUGGACUGUUUGCGCAUGUAAGGAGGGUGGCUCCGGGGGUAAUUUGGACACACUGCCUGAUUCAUAGAGAGGCUCUCGCCUCCAAAGAUCUCAGUGUUGAGCUCAGUGGUGUGUUUGAUGUCGUUGUCAAGACGGUCAACUUCAUAAAACGAAACGCAUUGAAUACACGCCUGUUUUCAUCCCUAUGCCAUGACUUGGGAAGUGAACACAGCUCUCUCCUUUAUCAUUCAGAGGUGCGUUGGCUGUCUCGCGGCGCUGUGCUCGCCCGUGUGUUUGAACUACGCGGAGCUAUCUACGAGUUCUUGUGCGAGAAGCAUUCUGAUCUGGCUUCCAAUUUCAACGAUAGUUACUGGUUAACUAAGCUGGCGUACCUCACAGAUGUUUUUGCAGAGCUGAACAAGUUGAACAGCUCCAUGCAAGGGAGAGAUGCAAACGUCAUGCAGCUCUACGAGAAGCUCGACGCAUUUGUGAAAAAAAUGUCAAAGUGGAUCGAACGAGUGGAGAGCAAUAACUUGGCGAUGUUUCCUUCAGUUGAGGAAUACCCUGACAGCACUGACAUCAACGACACUAUAUGUGAGCAUUUGAGGAAGCUUGUGCGUCAAUUCGCAAAGUACUUCACUGAUUCGGAAGAGUGGCGCCGUGACAGCAAGUGGAUCCUGCUCCCAUUCAGUGACGAUGCAUCAGUAGGGUCAAGUCUGACGGCUGUGGAAGAGGAUAAGCUGAUUGAGAUGUCCACAGACUCUGUCAGGAGGCAUAUGUACGACACACAGCCCCUUGUUAAAUUCUGGAUAAGUUGCCAGACAGAAUUUCCACAGCUUGCUGCAAAAGCAAUGAGGUGUCUUUUGCCCUUUCCAACCACAUACCUGUGUGAGAGUGGUUUUUCUACACUGGCGUACUUAAAGAAUAAGUACAGGGCUAGGCUUGAUCCAGAGAAUGACAUGAGACUGUCUCUGUCUACCAUUUCGCCACGAAUAGACAGGCUGUGUGGACUUCACCACGCCCAGAUAUCACACUGACAGCAGGUGAUUGGUGACAGGUCUGUCCUGGCUGGGUUAUAAAAGCCCUGACCAGCCAGCAGUUGAGGCUGCCUUGGUCUUCAUUUGUUGGAUUUUGGUUCUCCGGUGUUGUUGGAUUUUUGUUCUCCGUUGUUGUUUUGUCACACACCUAGACUGACUUUGCAUGACAUUUUUAGUUACUUUUCCCAAUACUGAAUUGCA